GGCUCCUCGGCGUCCAUCUUUGCAGCUCAUAUCGAAUGCAAAAAGAAUUGGAAUUCAGAUUUUCCGUAAUACAGUACUGCACGCAGAUAAUAUGUCUCUCCACAUGGUCAUGGCAUUUGGAUUUGCAUGGUGGGCAUUGCAACAAAUCUCGAUUUUUUCAUCCUAUCGGUUCUAUAACAGUUAAGUUUAUAAGCUGGGAGAGCCCGGGAGAGGCUGGGAGAGGCUGGGAGAGCUUCCGCAAAUUAGAAGGAACAGCGCGACUCGUUUUGUAAAUUUGCUUCAGGCUCGAUGGUAUGAUGUCUAUUCUACUGCAGUUCUUUUUAUAUAUAUGUAAGCGGUUUGGACGGCGCCCCUGUGGCGUAUUUCUAUUUGUGACUACUCGGCGCAGUUUUUGGGAUGGCGGAUGCCGCCGACAGGUGGCAUCUAGGGGGCGAAAAAUUCCUGCAUGCGUGUCCUCCACGCGGGCGGCCCCUGGGGCGCUGCUGUCGUUAUCCAUCAGGGAAAGUUGAAGCGGGCACUUCGAUUUUCCUUCGAUGAGGGAAAGCUGAAGUGGCCAAUUCAAAUUUCCUUCGAUGAGGGAAGGUUGAAGUGGUCACUUCAAUUUUCCUUCGAUGAUGGAAAGUUGAAGUGGCCACUUCGAAUUUCCUUCGAUGAGGGAAAGUUGACGGGGCCAUUUCAAAUUUCCUUCGAUGAGGGAAGGUUGAAGCGGUAACGUCGAUUUUCCUUCGAUGAGGGAAAGGCGAAGUGGCCACUUCAAAUUUCCUUCGAAGAGGGAAAGUUGAAGCGGCCAUCCCAAAUUUCCUUGCUUCGAUGAGGGAAAGUUGAAAUGGCAACUGCGAGCUUCCUUUGAUGAGGGAGCGUUGAAGUGGGCACUUCGAUUUUCCUUCGAUGAGGGAAAGUUGAAAUGGCCAUUUCAAAUUUCCUUCGAUGGGGGGAAGUUGAAGUGGCCACUUCAAAUGUCCUUCGAUGAGCGGGCGCGCGGUGCUCGUUUGCCUUCGAAUCGAUGCAACGCCAUUGGCUGCGUAUGGGGUGAGUGAAUGCGCGCGCGCAGCGCGCGCGCGAAAUUUUUUUUGGUUCUAUGGCUCUCCCUAUUAAAGUAUAAUAAUCAACACCAUACGCGGGGGAUUAGAUAAUCCAGCGAGUUUUUUUUUUUUUGUGACGUGUUGGCGUUGCUGAUUUUCCUCUCCCAGGCUCUCCCAACCCAGGAAAAAGGGGGCUAUAAACUGUGCUGUUUAAUUCGUAAGUUGGAUUUCUUUGUAAGUACUACUCCUCGC